AUGGCGGAAGCCAUCAAGCAAAAUACACCAUUCACCAGAAAUCCUACAUUGCCAUUAAGAAGGAAAUUCACCAGAACCAUCCAGAAUGGAACGUGGGUUCUCUCCUUCUCCUCAGACAAGCCUUCAAAUGUGGAUGUUCCCCAGGCUUCCAUCUUUAACCAUCUAGUCCAGAGCUUCCCAACCAGCGUGUCAGGAAUCAUCCCAGGAGACUACAGCAAACGAGUGUAUCAAGGCGUGAGAGUGAAGCACACAGUCAAAGAUCUACUGGCAGAAAAACGAUCCAAGCAUACAAGUAACUCAAGAUUUAAUGGCAGUGUCAGCUCUACUCAGCCUCCGUUUGGCCCGAUGCCAGGCUCACCGGUGAUGUCAGGUUACUAUGGUGUCAGGAGAUCCCUCCUAACCGACUCGGACUUCCACAACAGUAAACAGUUCGCAAACGAUGCUUGCACCCGAACUGUGGCGAAGGACAUUGCCUGCGAGUCCUCGGCAGGGCAGGGCCACCCGGCCCACCUGGACUCCUACUUCCCGGAGCUCUACGGGGACCACCGCCCCACGGCCCUGACCCCCAACAGCGACUCCCUAAUCAGCGCCUCACCCCUGCCACAGCUCCUGCCGCUGCCCUUCCCCAGCGAGCCUGCACACUUCGUGCUGAGGGACUCAUGGGAGCAGAUGGUGCCCGAAGGCCUCGGCCAACCAGACCCCAUGCCGGCCGAUGCCCUGCAGAGCUUGGCGCCCAGCACAGGCUGCCUCUCCCAGCUAGAGUCGGGGAGCACUGCCCAGCACAGGAGCUCCGGUUGGGCGGCCCCCCUAGCGGGGGUUCAGUCCUACUCUCUGCACACACUGGAGGAUCUGUACCACAUGCAGGGGUACCCAACCCCAUCCCCCUACCCCUUCACCUCUUUCAUGACAAUGUCCAAUGACCCACUACCCAAGGUGGGGCCCUUCUCCCCGGACGAGGGGGCAGACACCUCUGUCCUCCAGGACCCUUCUCCGUGGACCAAAGAAGAUGGAAGCCUGGCAUGGGGGGCAUAUGAGUGCCGCCGAGCUUACUGA